GCGCAUUAUAUGCUGAGUCUGUUUCCAGCAGGAAGGGGUUUUAAAACCAGCAGAGACUUCAGGAGCAACUGAGGAAAACAGGAGUGAAAUAAACAUGCAGAGAGUCAAUCUUGAAUUGCGUUGAUCGGGAAACAUCACAUGUUUUACUUACGAAGAUAAACUGGAUGGCUCUGAGAAAAUCGAAGGCAGCAAGACUCUUAGGAGCGAAGAGGGAGAUUGGACCCGGAGAAAGUUAUAUACAUUGGAGACUGAAAUAACUUCGCGGUUUUGAGUUACGGUGACGAAAACAUUAGCAUUUAUGUAUAAAAUAUUCAGACCAUUGGGAACCAUUAAAUCUAAAAUUGUUUACUAAUCUUCCUCGUAGCCUGAACCAAAACAGCAAGAAUGACGGAACAGCAAGAAUGACGGAAUUAAGCGAUACAUUUUGAUUUGCGUUGUUCUUCAGCCAUAACUCAGCCUUUAACCUUUACGAUUCAUAAAAAGGUUGUAAACACAGAGUCAAUUCGUACUUUUCGAGCCUGGGACAUUACGGAGAACAAGAGGUAUAAUUAAAUUAAACUAAACAGUUCUAAAGCUGAAGCCCCUAUUACGAACGGGCCGAUUAGCGAAAUACAGGAUUAAGUAAUUGCAUGGGAGGUAAUUGCUUUCGGUGUCGGUAGAAGAAAAACACACCAUAUUUUCAAUGUCUUUGUCUUUCCGAUACAACUCUUUAGAAGAUAUAGAUCGGAUAAGGUAGAACAAAAGAAAAGGGGGACAAAAAUACCAGAAAAAUAUUUCUAAAGCAGCAGAAGAAUCUGAGAGCAACUUCUGAAGUAUUUUCUAUUUGACUUUCUGCAUGGGGUUCAAAUUUAUCUGAAAGAAAUGGGAGGAUGUGUCGGCAGAGAACGGGCAGACACCCAGGGGUCAACGAGGAGCAACGCACGCAACCCACGUAAGCGUGGAGGUCGAAAUGAGCCCCUCAAGAAAGACAAGCCCAAGUGGAAGAGUGACUAUCCAAUGACUGAGGGUCAACUGCGAAGCAAGAGAGACGAGUUCUGGGAUACUGCACCAGCAUUUGAGGGCCGGAAAGAGAUUUGGGAUGCGCUAAAAGCUGCAGCUGUUGCUAUUGAGUGCAAUGAUCAUGAGCUUGCACAAGCUAUUGUUGAUGGGGCAAAUAUAACUCUCCCACAUGGAUCACUGACAGAGUGCUAUGAUGAGCUGGGAAACCGCUACCAGCUUCCAGUGUAUUGUCUUGCUCCACCAGUAAACCUUAUCAGUGAACGUAGUGAAGAGGAAUCUUCAAACACACCAGAGCCUCAAUCUGGCACUAAACGAGAGUUUCAAUUAAAAGUGCGUCUGUCAACAGGAAAGGAUCUACGUCUCAAUGCAAGUAUGUCUGAUACUAUUGGACAGUUAAAGAAACAGCUUCAGGUCCAGGAGGACAUUGACCCAGCACACCAGCGCUGGUUCUUCUCAGGGAAAUUGCUCACUGACAAAACCAGGUUACAGGAAACCAAAAUUCAGAAAGAUUUUGUGAUCCAGGUUAUAGUAAAUAAAGUGAGUGCACCCAACUGAAGAAAUGAACAGCGGUUUGUAUUAGGGGAUUUUAUUCUUGCUUGUUACUUUAUACAACAUUUAAAAAUAAAUAAAUGCAGAUCAUUAUGCAUAAUUUGCUCUGGUAUGGGAGAGAUGAUCUAUGUAGAUUAACAGUGCUUCUUCAAUUUGUAGUGUAAAAUCUCAGGGACAAAAUACUCUUUGUGCAGUAAAGUUAAACAAUGGCUUUUUCAAAACUGUGUAGUACUUUAAGUGCAAACUUAGGGGGAAGUGACGGUUAGGAGAACUGGAAAUUCAUGCUUAUAAACAGAGAUUAAGCUUUGUAAAAAUGUAAGCUAAGUGUGUGAGCAUAAUGAUUUUAGGGCUGUAUGUAUAUCUUAAAUUAUUAGUGUGUUCUGUUAAUUUUUUGGACACCUAAGAGCCUUUAAAUAAGAAGAGUAUGUGCUCAGCCCUGUGAUACUGCUCCAAUCUUUUAACGUUUUCUGAUCAGAUAAAAAUAAACAUUUUAGUAUAGUUUCUUCUUUGACAAAUUCAUUUUAGAGAACCAUAAUCUACUGAUAUUUUGUAAAAGCCAAAAUAUGUAUUUGUUCAUCCUAUUAAUGGUCGACUGAAAAAAUGAAACAGAAGGGUCUAAGAAGACAAGGUCUCUUUUUAGCACUAGUAUGGAUGAUUUUUGACUACUCUUCUGGACUUUAAUUUGUAAUGUGUGUUAAAUUUUCAUUCCUAUGGGUUAGCUGAAAAUAUUUGUGAAUGCUACCAAAAAAUGAGUGAGCAGUUUAUCUUUGACCUAGAAACUAAUCAAAAAAUUCAAGGAAUGGUUAAUGGACAUUGAAAUUGAAAAUCCAAGUGGUUAAUGAACAAUGUAGUCUAAGAUUAAAAUAAACCCAGGCACACUAUUUUAAAGCUUUGGCAAAGUGAUGAAUUGACCACUACAGAUUUUAAGCAAUAUUUUGUGAUAAAGCACUUUAGGAGUGGUCAUAAAAACUUCACUUGGUGUUACUUGCUAGUUGUGCUCAUUCGUGAUGACAUCAUAGUAAAAGCUGUGGACAAAAAAAAAAUCAUUAAUGACAAAAAAAGUGAAUGCGUUUUCUUCAUGGUAUGUAUGCUGCAAUUGUUAAUGUAAUUUAUCUGGACAAUCUCAAAAAGAGUGGUAUACAAUGUUGCAUUUUGGGGGGUGGUGGGUAGGAGGGGAUGUUAUUUAAUGGGAAGUUUUUAAUUUUGUGUUUUCGCUAAAGCAAGCACACCUGUCUGUUUAUUUUUCCCUCUUAAGAAAUGUAAGUGUAAAUAGUUUGUUGUAUGCUGUUAAAGGGAUUAAGGGUACUUCAUACACUUUUUUUUUUUUUUCUCUCAAUGAACCUGUAGGUAAAAUAUAUAUAACAAAAUUAAAUGAUAGCUUUUUAACAAUACCACACUGUAAGAUACCAGUGCAGAUGUUUUAUAGUUUAUCAAUAAAAAAUAGUGUUUUAUGUAGCAAUUAUUGCACCUUACUGUACAUGGAAACACCAAAUUGAAUAUUUUUACAUAUGAUUUUAAUAUCAUUCUGCUAGGCUUCUCAUUAAGUCACAACUAGUGUGAAAAUAAAAAGGUAGUUAGCCUUUUAAACCAAGAUCUGUCUUCCUGAGCAGCUGAAAAGUGUAUAAGAAACUGUUUAAAUAAUUUGAAGCAAGACUUUGGUCCUGUUUCUGUUUAGUUUUUUUUUCCUCUCUCUCCCUGAAAGUUAAAUAGUACUUUAUCACACUCUUAAUCUUUUUCCUAAAGGAUCGUUGAAUGACUAUAGAGCCUUAUAAUGCAAUAAAAGUAUUUUGCCAAGCAGCUAAAAUUGACAGUUCAUAGUUGUUUUCUUAAGUAUGUUCAUAAGAAAUUUAGUUUAUGAAAACUUUUUGGGGGGUAUAUAUUUUUCCCUGUUAUAUACUGAUUUAUUUUACUUGCUUUAAAAGGUGGUUCUUGAUCAUAACACAGGUUAUUGUGUACUUUUUUUAAUAAAAUACAAAAGUAUUGUCUUUGAAGUUAAAAAUAUUGUGAUUGCUUCAAAAUGGAAACUAAUGGUCUUGUUUUCUGAAGUUUUGUGAGCCACAUUUGAUUUGAUAGAAAUGAAUUUAAGUUGUAAAUAUUCAAAUUUGUAUAUCUAGCUAUUUUAAAGUAGAUGAAAUGUAAAAUGUUUUGGAAAGGAACUUUUAUUUUAAAAAUGUAAAAUGUACUGUCCAUUUAAAGCAUGACCUAUUUGUUUUUAAGAUGACAGUUAAUUUUCUCCAAAAUAUGAAAAUGUAUAGUUACAUGUUACUGUGUGGUUCCAACAAAGCAAACCAAUAACAUUAUUAAGAAAACAAUUAUGCAUUUGGGAAAUAUUAGUAUUUGCAAACACAGUAUUUAUCACGAACAAGACUCCACAUUCACACACAUAUACCAGCAAUUCAAAGUUUAUAAUAAUUUUUUGAGAACUUAAUUGAACAUAUAGUAAUUAUUUUUGCACCUUUUGCCACCUGGGCUUAAAUCCUGGGUCCAAAACCUAUUGCAAGUGUUAGGUACAAUGUUUCUAAAGAUGUUUGUUAUUCUGUGAUGUAGUUGGAACAUAACAUUAUGGCUGUGAGUUACUUAAUUUUAAGGAGAAUACAACUAUUUCUUGAUUUCUUUGUGACGGAUGAAUAUUUGUUUUGCUUGUAUUUUAGUUUACACUUGGGUUAAUAAAGUCCAUAAAGAAACAAAACAUGAAAAACUGAGUAACAGAGUAUACACUUUGGAAAGUGCAAAGCGUUUAAUUUUGGAUUUUACAUGAUGUAAUAUUUUAUUAAGUAUACCGGGAUUGUUGCUGCUUCUCAAAAAAUAAACCAAAAAAGAAACUGUAAA